AUGCUGGGCUCUCCCGCCUUCCGCGUCGCCAACAGCAAAUCAACGCCCUUGUUGGCCUGGGAUGUGGUGCGAAGGAGCCACCGGGCCUGGGUCCAGUUCUACCAGGGUGAGACAAGAGGCGGAUUUGCCAUGGCUCAGACCCGGACGCGCUCCCCGGCACCACUUCCUACGCUACAGCAUCACCGUCAUCUUUCACUGCAAUACACCAUCGACGGCCAGUAA